AUGGCAGGCUCCAAAGGAAACAACAUCUUCCCUCGAAACCCCUACUACAUCCCUGGCUAUGGGGGCUACGUUCCUCAGUUCUCCUUCAAGUUUGGGGACACCUAUGGCAGAAUCACCCACGAUCUGCUGACAGAUCCCACUGUCAACAAGGGCCCUCGGUCUGUGCUGGCACCCCUGGACAACAAGGAAAACCUCCAGGAGUUCCAUUACCACAUUGAGCAUCCAGGAUAUGUCACCUACCAGCCCAUCAUAAGCCCUCCUGAGAUACCUCUGGGCCCACAGCCUGUCCCCACGCCGGUGCUGGAGGAGCCCAUGAUGACCCACAUGGAGCCCAGGCACUGGCAGUGCCCCCCAGACCCCACCGUGCCCGGGUAUGCUGGAUUUAUCCCCUACCUCUUUGACAAAGUCGGCAUGACCUACAUCCCAGCUGUGAAGAAAGCCAUGGAGGAAUUUGACCGAUACCAGCUUUUGCAGAGAAAUCCACCUUAUACAUUGGGCACGAGAUUCCCCCUGACACACUGGCCGGACACCAAAAUUUACAACCGUGCUGGACUCAAACCUGCCUAUGCAGGCUUUGUACCAUGCCUGCGGGAUCUGUGCGGGCUCACUUAUGGCAAUGCCACGCGGGAAUCAUACCGGUGUGAACAGAGAAGACGGGGAAUUGCACUGUGA